AUGAAAUAAUCACAAUACUAACACCAAACUCAAAAACUAACCUAAAACCAAAUGGGAUACUCGCCUACUACCUAAAAGACAUUGCCGAAUUUUAAUCAGUUCAAUGAUGAAAUUUAACAUAGGAUAAAACUCAAAUAUCAAGAAUUAGGAUUUAAGUAGCCUUUGUAUCCACAAUAAACCUAAGUGUUAUCAUCAGAGAAAGGGAUCUACAAUUUUAGAAAAGUGUUUGAUCCAGUAAGAGACGGUCGGCCUGAAUUCUAACUGGAUCCAAAGUACUUGGAUCAACUCUAAGAUUACAAGAAAAAGUAUUUAGCUCCAAGUAGAAAUUAUGAUUUGUAAUACAGAAAUCCUGCUUUGAAAAUUAAGAAUCAUGACUUCUAUUUUUAAGAUUUCUACUUGAAUCUUUAUGAAUAGGAUAAGGAGGAGAUCUAUUUUAAUAAAUAUGGAAAGAAGUUUGUUUAUCAAGAAUGA